UCUACGCAUGUGUAGUGAAAAUAAAAUUGCACCACGAGACAAACAUAAUAACAAAAUGGCCGAGGGUGAUCAUUCCUUGUCGAAGAAAUCCAAGAAUGAACCAGAAGAGGAAACCGUCCAACAUCACAAUCAGGGAUUUAGAUUCAGUGAGGAUCCUUCCCUUGAGAAAAUACGAGAACUCCAGUCGAUAUUUGCCAGAGAAAGAAACUGGGAGCAGUUUCAUACUCCAAGAAAUAUUUUACUAGCUCUAGUCGGGGAGGUAGGAGAACUUGCUGAAAUAUUUCAAUGGAAGGGUGAAGUAAAGGAAGGAUUAUCAGAUUUCACAGACAAGGAGAGGAUUCAUGUCGGUCAUGAAAUGAGUGACGUCUUACUAUAUCUAGUGCGCCUGGCAGACAGGUGUCACAUAGACUUACCAUCAGUGGUACUUAAAAAGAUGGAACAAAAUAGGCAGAAAUACCCUGCUGACAUAGUGUAUGGCAAAAGUGACAAAUACACAGAGUACCAAUAAGGAGACUCCUGGAAAGCGAAGUACCUCGUUGAUAAAGAAAAAUGAAUUCGACAUGUCAUGGACAGAUCUCAAAAUAAGAACAUAUGUAUCUAUAUAUAUAUAUCAGCUUUGCAAUGGGAAUGUAGUUUACAAUUUUCUAUUGUGAUAAACCUCACAUUUUGUGAUUUUCAUGCUAAACCAAUCAUUCGGAAAGGCAUCCUCGACACUCCAGGGGUUACGCUCUCUUUCGCUCUCUGCACCCCUAGAAUAUGUCAUAGCAAAAUUGAAGACA